CAGGGGUGGUUGCUUACACGCAUCGGCUGAUCUUUGCCGCUGUGCUCCCUGGCGGGCUGGAAGCCCGCGCGUCGCCAGGCUUCUUGCCACGCGUCGGUCUGGCGAUGCCGGACAACAAGGCGGACCUGCCGCCCUUGUCGCCGGGGCGCCAAAGGGGCGAAAUGUGCGUCUGUGCGAGCCUGGCCGUCCUGCUGUUUCCUGCGAACUUGGGGCUGGGCGGCCUUGUUCGGUGCAGAGACACGGACCCUCCCUGCAACGAAGCGGGAAUGGGCGUGGCAAUCAGCCUGAUUGACGAGGGAGGACGGGAAGGUGGCGGAUCCGAGCUUUGUUGUUGAGGUCACGGAAACCGAGCGCAUCACACAUGUAUGGAUGCGCUCCGGACUGCAAGGUGCAUCGCACCACGGCUCGGGCGCACGACGUGGAGGGCAGUGCUAAUGCGGUGGCGGUGCUGGUUUAAGCUGGUGCUGGUGCUUAAGUUGGUGCUGGUGCUUAAGUUGGUGCUGGUGCUUAAGUUGGUGCUGGUGCUUAAGUUGGUGCUCGUGCUGGUGCUGGUGCUCGUGCUGGUGCUGACGCCUUGCAGAACGGCGGCCGCUGCUCCAAACAGCGACGCCGACUCUCUGGCCUUUCCCCCAGGCGGCCGAGACUGGGCACGCCUCUCCACAGUUCAGGGUGGGAACAAAUCAUCCACCAGGGUCAUAUUGCUCUUGUGCUGGGCUGGCCCUUCAAGCCACGUCCGUCGGCAUGGGCGGUCCUGGACAGCGACGGCCCCGGGCCAACGGUGGCGGUUCUUGCCCCCUGUGUUGGUGCCGGUGGCUUGUGCCUGGUCGCACCUCUCUGAGCCCAAGGCGGCUGCUCAGCUGCUCGCUUGCUUCUCGGCUUGCUCCUCGGCUUGCUCCUCGGCUUGCUCCUCGGCUUGCUCGAUUGCUCCUUUGCUCGAUUGCUCCUUUGCCUGCCUGCUGUGGCUGCGACUCUCCAAUCGUGUUUCGUCUUGGCGGUGGAUCAGCUGUCCACGGCAACGGCCGAGCACGCAUCGCACCGCCGGCAGAGGUUGACCUCGUCUCCUCUCGCUGUGCACGGCCCUGGCAGCGAGGCUUGGCUGUCAACCCAGCCACCCCAGCCAGGAGGAUGCGGCCAGCCCCCCUUGUCGCCACCAACAGCCACGCCGAUUUUGCCGACUUGCCGAUAGCCGCCGCUCGGAUGGAAGGCGGACGAGCUUGUUGUCAUUGUGACUG